UUCACUAUUCAACUAAUUCUAGAUAUAAAAUGUCGAUGGUUCACUAUUCAACUAAAGAAUGGCUGGAAAAAAAUUCUAAAUUCUUCUUACCUCCAGUCUGCAAUAAAAUGAUGCAUAAUGAUCAACUAAAGGUUUUCUUUGUCGGUGGCCCCAACCAGCGGAAGGAUUUUCACCUUGAAGAAGGCGAGGAGCUUUUCUACAUGAGGAAAGGAUCGAUGGAACUCCCUAUUUUAGAGCAGGGACAGAUUAGAACUGUUAAAAUAAACGAGGGAGAUAUUUUUCUUUUGCCCGGUAGGAUUCCUCACUCACCCCAGAGGGGGAAGGAUACUGUAGGUCUGGUUAUUGAACGUGAACGCCUGGAAACAGAAACAGAUGGUCUCAGAUAUUUUGUUGAGGGGAGCACAGAUAUAUUGUAUGAAAGAUGGUUUCAUUGCGAGGACUUGGGAACUCAACUUAAACCCAUUAUUGAUGAAUUCUUUGCCAGCGAUGAGCAUAAAACUGGACAACCGUCGGAAAACAGUGUUAUCACAAGUGCACCUUGGGAACCGAAUUCACAAAGAUCCGUGCCACCUCCAUUUAAUCUGCAGGAUUGGUUGGACAUGAAUAGACGAUUGAUUCGAUCAAGCGGAGAACUUUUUCUCUUCGAUCCAAAACAGUUUCAAUCCGACGUAAAAGUUUUAGGUUUCGGAGAGGGACAGAGAGAGCUUUUAAACACUACCGAGGUGUUCCUGUGGCAACUAGAGGGAUCAGCUGUAGUUAGUCUUAACGGACAAGAAAUAAGACUUAGACGGAAAAUGUAAAAUUCCUGAAAAAAAAUGGGGUCGGAGAAUGUGUCAGUCAGCUAAACAAUCCAGAGAUGACUUCAAGGAUGCAUACACGGAUUGGAAGAUUUAAGCCUCAAUAACUUUCCAGAAGAAAUUCUGCGCCAAUGCAUUUUUCGGAAUGUAUCAUUUUUACAAAAAAUAUGUAUGGAGAAAAUCUGAAAUUAAAAAAAGGAAAUGAUUACUCGCAAUAAACUCUAAUGUUCUAAUCCUUUUUUCUUUUCAACUUGAUGAUAUAAACUUUGCUGAUUUGUUCAAAUAUAAUUCAUUAGUUGAAAUGUCAAUGACCUAGGAGUCCUACUCCUAGGACAUAACAUCAGGUUACAAAGUUAGAAAUAAUACAAGCC